UUUACUAAUGACCUUUCUUUUUUUUUUUUCAUUUAGCUUAUUUAUGGGAGCAUGACAGAUAUAGUAUUUAUGCAUCUACAGUGAAUCAUCCUGACUUUUGGCCAUUUCUUUAUCGUCUUGCUCUCUUUCACCAGACUGAACAACUCUGCCAGUUACUGUCCCUCGCCUCGUCGCAACUUUAUGUCAAAGAUCUUGCACCCUUAUUUACAGAGAUUCAGCACAUUAUCAGACAGCCAAGCCAAAAUGGACUUGAUACUGUAUUAGAUAACCUAUCACGAUACCAAGGCCCUAUCGUAGACGGCUUGAGCAUACUUUGUCGUCUGUUAGCCGGGAAUAGGCGCGUGGCAACUCAAUAUGCAAGUGACCAAGUACAGGCAUAUGUCGUGUCUUCGUAUUACGAACAUCUUGUAACCAAGAAUGGUGGUAGCAUGCCUCUAUAUGCAAACUUUGAAGAGACCCAUAAUGCUGCAGAGGCGUUUUUAGCAGGCAAUAUAUUUCAGGCAUUCGAUUUCUGUACUCAAUAUGACGGAUGGUUGCUUACUCACCUGUGCAUAUUGUUUGAGAAAAAGGGUAUGCUUGACAAGCCUGUUUAUGCCAAUCUAGAACAUGGAGAGACAAUUCAAAUGGGAUGUUUAGAGUAUUUCAAGAUAGUGUAUGCUGCAUGUAUAAAGAAUGAAUGUGGGUUAUGGAAAGAAGGCUUUAUUUAUCUACUAUCUUGUGGUAAAAUAGGAAAAGAAGCAAUUCAUGAGCAUUUGAAGCUAUUAGAUAUUGAGGAUGAACAUAGACUAAAAGAAGUCGCGGAGUUUUGCGUAGCUAAUGAUAUGAAAGAAGAAGGGUUGGCGUUAUAUGAGAAGAAAGCUACGGCAUGCUUUGAAGUACAGGAUUACCGAAAAGCAAUACAUUACUAUGAACUUGCAGAAAACCAGGAGUGUCUUGAUAAGGUGCUGAUAAAGAUAAUUCAGGAUUAUUCAGCUACCGGUAAUUUGAUCGAUGUUGGCAUAAGAAAAAGUUAUGAUAGCACAUACUACAAGGCAUACAAUUAUCUCUUAAUAAUGAAUGAGCACAUGGAUAACCUAGACUAUACAGCAGCAGGAGAUAAGCUGAAGGAAUUAGUCCAGUGGGUGAAUCUUCCUCAGUUUGUAUUACCAAUCAUAUUUCAAGAAGGCGUCAAGCUUGUAGAAAACAAGGAAUGUCGUUUAGACGCAGAUACAUUAUUAAUGUUGAAAAAGAUAUGGAAGUUAUUGCAAAGAAAGGAGCCUCUUGAUCCUGAAUUCGAUACGUUUCUAGAUACAAGUGCAAUAACACUAUCGCGAGCACUCGAUCGAAUGACAGAAUAAGCAUGAUGUGUAAUUUUUCUUGUAAUCCUGUAUAUAUAUAAAAUAAAGUAACUAGAUCACUUCAAAUUCAUUA